AUGGACGGCAAGCCGAACGUGUUGGUUCUGGGUGCUACUGGCUUCAUCGGCCGCAACCUCGUCAAGUACCUGGUGGAGAAUGACCUCGCUGCUGUGACCUCUGUUGAUAAGGUCCUCCCCAGCCUCUCCUACCUGAGCCCCCAGGAGGAGGCUCUCUUCGAGAAGGCCAACUUCAUGCAGAAGAACCUCGUCAGCCCUGUCUCGAUUGCCUCCAUCUGGAGCGACACCGGCAUCAAGUUUGAUUACGUCAUCAACUGCGCCGCCGAGACCAAGUACGGCCACAACGACGAGGUCUACAAGGAGCGCGUGCACCACCUGUCUGUCUCCUGCGCCCAGGAGGCCGCCAAGCAGGGCGUCAAGAGGUUCAUCGAGGUCUCGACUGCCCAGGUCUACGAGCCCAGCAACAAGGCCAAGGACGAGAGCGGCAAGGUCGACCCCUGGACCAACCUCGCCAAGUGGAAGCUGCAGUGCGAGGAGGACCUCAAGAAGAUCCCCGGCCUCAGCGUUGUCGUUGUGCGCCCCGCCAUCGUGUACGGCCCUGGCGACAAGACCGGCAUUGCUCCUCGCAUCCUCUGCGGCGCCAUCUACAAGCACCUCGACAAGAAGAUGAAGUUCCUCUGGAGCGGUGACAUGAAGAUUAACACCGUGCACGUCCACGAUGUUGUCAAGGCCCUCUUCCACCUCUGCACUCACGGCGACGAUGGUGCCACCUACAACCUUGCCGACAAGAGCGGCACUGAUCAGGAGCUUGUGAACAAAUGCCUCGCCAGCAUGUUCGGCAUCAAGACUGAUUUCUUCGGCUCGAUCAAGUCGAACAUGGCCAAGGCCCUCGGCAUGGACGCCGUCACGUCGCAGGUCAACGACAAGCACGUCGCCCCGUGGAGCAAGAUGACCAAGGAGAAGGGUAUCGAGGUCACUCCCCUCUCGCCCUACCUCGACAAGGAGCUCCUCGGCAACAACGCCCUGAGCGUCGAUGGCUCGGCCAUCGAGAAGACCGGCUUCACCUACGACGUCCCCGAGUUCAGCGAAGCCAAGCUGAGGGAGUGGGUCGACUACUACACCCAGCUCAAGCUCUUCCCCGAGGGCUACGUCCAGUAA